AGAGAACGCGUUUUAGGUAUUUCCCAGAAAAUCUCUAUUGGGAAUCAUAUAACUUUUUGCAAAUCAAGAAAGAAAAAAAAGAAUUGUGUUGCAGUCACUCCCAUCAUCAAUUGAUCUACAAAACCAUUUAAAAAAUGAACGAAAAUGAAAAAUAAAAUAUCUCUGUCGCUUUCUCUAUCCCCGAUCCUUUUAUACUAACCAGUCGUUGAAACCCUAGAGAGACUCUUAUCGAUUCUUUCCUCUCCUCUUCCGCUCGCUAUCUACCCAUGCUUGUUUUUCUCUCCCGGGUUUGCUGUUCCAAUUCAUGAUAUGCUGUUCGACUGCUUAUAUUAUCGAUUAUUUAAGAUUUGGUGAUUUGUGUAUAAUUAUUGUCUGGGGGAGCUGAAGAAGCUUUUUUGAUUGGGGAGUUGGGAUUUAUCUCUUCUGAUGAUAUAAUAGCUGAAUUUGCUGUGAUUUUGUCUCAGAUUUGGUGAUUUGUGUAUAAUUAUUGUCUUGGGGGAGCUGAAGACGCUUUUUUUGAUUAGGGAGUUGGGAUUGAGCAAUUUUGUAUUGGGCCGGUUGAUUAGUUUAGUUGUUUUUUGAGGAAUGUCGUUGUUGCCAAAAGAUGAUUUAAUCCAUAUUCGAGAGGUGUGGAAUUACAAUCUGGAGGAAGAAUUUGCUUUGAUUCAGGAUAUUGUGGAUGACUACCCUUUUGUUGCGAUGGACACAGAGUUUCCAGGCGUCGUUCUGCGUCCGGUUGGAAAUUUCGAGAGUAGCUACGACUACCAUUACCAAACAUUGAAGGACAAUGUUGAUAUGUUGAAGCUGAUUCAGUUGGGUCUAACAUUUUCGGAUGAGCAUGGGAAUCUACCCACUUGUGGAACGGACAAAUACUGCAUCUGGCAAUUCAAUUUUCGCGAAUUCAAUGUCAAUGAAGAUGUGUUUGCUAAUGACUCAAUUGAGCUCUUGCGUCAAAGUGGUAUCAACUUCAAGAAGAAUAAUGAGAACGGUAUUGACGCCUUGCGUUUUGGCGAACUCUUGAUGUCAUCCGGGAUUGUGUUGAAUGAUAAUGUGCAUUGGGUAACCUUCCACAGCGGGUACGAUUUUGGGUACUUGCUUAAGCUGUUGACAUGUCAGAAUCUGCCCGAUACUCAAACAGGGUUCUUCGAUUUGAUCAACAUGUACUUCCCGACUCUUUACGAUAUUAAGCAUUUGAUGAAAUUCUGCAAUAGCCUUCACGGUGGAUUGAAUAAGCUCGCGGAGUUAUUGGAAGUGGAGAGAGUUGGGAUUUGUCAUCAAGCAGGUUCAGAUAGUUUGCUCACAUCUUGUACAUUCAGGAAAUUGAAAGAGAAUUUCUUUAUUGGUUCUCUGGAGAAAUAUGCUGGUGUGUUGUAUGGUUUAGGUAUUGAGUAGGAGGAUGUUUGUCAACAAGUUCCUUAAAUCUACAGACAAUUUCUUUAUUUUAUUUUCUUCUCUCUCUCUUGUACUGGUUCUUGUCUAUAUCUUGUGCUAGUUGAUAGUUUAGUAUUCAUCAAACGUGAUUGAUGCAUUCCUAUAACA